AAAAUAUCAUAUAUUAUAAAUAAAAUUAUGAAUUUUCAUAAUUUUAAAUAUUUUAAUGAUAUAAAUAUCAUAUUAUAUAUUAUAUACAAUUAUAUACUAUGAAAGCUAUAUUUAAAUAUGUUUGUGAUUUCUUUUGAAUAGGAAUAUUCCAGACAUUUGUAGAAUCGCGUUUCGCCGCGAUACGUAUACGCAUGUGCAAACAUUUCUAUAGUUGUGUUCGUUGUUUAAAGGUUGUGGGAAUAUAGUUGAGUAAAGUAGCGAAUGAAUGUUGUUGUUCCGCAAUGCAGUUGAUCUUAUGAUUUGCGUAUGCUUACGAUUUUUAUAACGUUUGCACGCAUUCACGAAACAAAUAUAAAAUCACGCGGACUAUUAAUUAAAAACUAUUGGUUGAUGUCAAUCUUACAUAUAAUUGUUUGGUCUAUCGUGGUCUGUGUGAGAGAAAAACAAACAGUUCUCCACGAUCUUUCUCGAACAAUGCAUCGCAUAUUAUAGAACGAGUGUCACAGAUAAAUAUAUUAUUACUCAGUCUAACGUUUGAGAUUUUUUUUGUUCGAUUUAGCGAGCAUUUGCAUAUCGUUAUACUUUACAUUCUAUAUUGAGCUAUCACAAGUAGGUAAUAGAGGUUAGCGUCUCGCAAAUAGUUCAAGGAUUCGUAUCGUGCGACGAAGUGUCUUGAAACGUAUUUGUUAUACAUCUUUUUUCCCAAGACUUGUGCCAAAAUCGUAUGUUACACAAUACAAAUAUUUUUGUGAAAUUCUUCAAAGACAUUACUUAUCACACCGCACAUUUGAAGAUUCAAGUAUAUUAUUUCAAGUUUUGGUGAUUCCAAAUGACACACUAUCUACGCAGUAUCAAAUCUAUUCUCCUACUCCGGUUCAGAAUGCAAUGGGAGGAGCGAAUCUUCAUACCCCUCCAUCCAUAUUUCAACAUAUGAUGGGUCAACAAAGUACUUCACAACAACCAGGAACAUGGAUGCAAAUGCCACAAGUACCUCCAAUGUCAAUACCAUGGAGUGUGCCAUCUCUCCAACAACCAGAAUUAGUAAGAUUUACUGGUGGACCAAGUUUUGAACCAGUUCCUCAUCAAAAGAGAAAACUUGAAACUUGUGAUCUGUUAGAUAUGAGGCAAACAAAACAGUUUAUAACAGAAGAAAAAAUGGCUGCACAUUUCAAAGAUUUGCAUAUUAGUUCCAAUUAUCAACAACAUUCGCCUGUACCAUCAACUUCAACAGCUGAUACACAACCAGUUCCUUCUAGAGAAUUGAAUAUGGAGUUAGAAAUAGAUGCAGCUAAUACAGAUCAAUUAAAAUCUGGACCCAGAUUGAUUCUUUCAGAAGAAUUGAAAAGACUCAAGAAAGAACCUAUUUUGCCAAAUUCUUUAUUAUCCAAAUUGGAGAGGCCCUCCAUGGCUUUAGUUCUAUGGGAACCUCCGAAUAAACAUCUUCGUAUAUUACCAACUAGGGAUACACCCACUCCAAUUCCUAAUAUUUCUGAUGAUAAUAAUAACAACAACAACAACAACAAUAAUAAUAACAAUAAUAAUAAUAAUGAAGCUAUUUCCGAUUUAAAUCAAACUUUAUCGAAUAAUUCGUCAGGUUUCGAACCAAUGGAAUUAUGAAGGUAAUUUAUUAAUUAAAAAAUUGUUUUUACAUUCUCAUAUAUCGUUAGAGAAGAAAGAAUGCGAUAUUAUAUUUUAAUGUGUAUGUAAAUUAAAAAAAAAAAGUUAUAUCUUAUAUUUUUUAUCUGAUACUAACAUGCUUACACAAGGUUGAGUAAAGUAAAUGGAUGGCAAUUCUUUUUAUUAAGUGAAAGUAAGUAAGUAAAUUAUAUUCAUUCUAUAAGUUAGUGAAUUAAGUUAUAUUAUUAUUUUACUUAUCAAUUAUAAGAAUAUAAAAUUGUAAACAAAAUAACAUCAGCAAGUUCCUUUUGUAUAUUACGUAUGAUUUAUUUGCGUAAAUUUAUUGAAGAAAAAUGAAUAAAUAAGAAAAAAAAUUUCUUCAAUAAAUAUACAUUUUUGGGUUUAUUAGAAACUCAGUAUUAUUAUAAUUAUUAUUAACUCUCGAAUCACCGAUUAAAAAAUAGCCGAUCUUGAUCAUUUUUGAUCCAUCUGACUUGUAGAUAUUAAAUAUCAUUUACAUCAUCAAAAACAUGAAUCAAAAGUGACACGGUUUCUGAAUGAGAGUUAAUAUAGUAUAUUAUAAUUGUACCUUUAUUAUUAAUAAUGUUUCAUUUCAUUUUAUUACAAUUGAAAUUAAAAUACGAUGAUGAUUACGCGAUAUAUAGAGUGAUACAAAUGGACAGAAAAUGAUUAUAUAUGCAAAAUAUGAUUUUUUUAUUUAAAAUCUUAUUUUUAAGUAAAUCAAAUUUGAAACUUUUAAAGUACAAAUGAAUUUAGCUAACUUCCGAUUGAAUAAAAAUAAAAUUUUUUUAUUUAAAAAUAAUUUUCGAUAAAAUUGAACGAAAUAGUAUUGAUGAGUAUUUGAUUAAUUAUUAAUUAUUAUUAUUAACCGGUAUCAUCUAGUAUUGAUCAUUCAUUGAGGAUUUAUAAUUUAAGAUGGAUUUAGAAUUAUCAUCAACAAACACAUAGUAUUUCUAAAUUCAUUUAAAUAUAUUUUAAUGGAUAUGGUUUAAUUAUCUGCAGUUUAAUUAUUGAAUAGGAAGCAUUUUUUAUGUAAGAAAAUUAUUAAUACUUAAUAUAUAAUUCAAUGUUAAUUAUUUAUUCUCUUUGAAUGUAUAUAUUCAAUCUUUAAUUCUAUCCUAUUAGUUUUAGUUAUAUUCACAUUUAUUAAUAAUAUAUAUCCAAUUGAAAAUUAAUCAAUUCCAAUAUUAGUUGAAAAUGAAACAAAACUUUAAAUGAAAAAAUUUUAUUUCUUUACUUUUAAUCUAUUUUUGCGUAUUAAAAUUAUCUUCUGUUCUUUUGUAUUAUCCAUCCUAAAACAUCAUCCUGUAUAUAAACGAAAAUAAAAAUAAACAAUAAAAUAACAAGUAAAAAUAAGAAGAAAAAAAAUUACUCGUAAUACAAUAAAUAUUGGAUAAUUGCUUAGAAGUGCCUGAAUCAAAAAUUAAUAGAAUU